AUGGCAAAUGAGGAUAGUGUUAAAAUACCUCAUAUUGAUAUAUUAAUCUUGAUCGUUGGUACACGAGGCGAUGUUCAACCGUUCAUCGCGCUUGGCCAAGCAUUACUCAAAGUCGGUCAUCGUGUUCGUUUGGCAACACAUGAAACAUUUCGUGAUUUUGUUCGUGGCAAUGGCUUGGAAUUCUAUCCGUUAGCUGGUGAUCCAGCUGUUCUAAUGUCUUUCAUGGUAAAAAACUCAGGUGUCGUUCCAUCCAUCAGCAGCGUUGCUGCUGGUGAUUUGACGAAAAAUCGUGAAGUUCUUGCUAGUAUACUCGAAUCGACUUGGCGAGCAAGCCUCGCUGAUGAUGACGAAACUGGAAAACCGUUUACUGCUGAAGCAAUCAUUGCCAACCCUCCGUCCUACGGUCAUAUACAUUGUGCACAUAAACUGCACAUACCAAUACAUAUUAUGUUUACCAUGCCAUGGUCGCCAACGACCGUCUUCCCUCAUCCAUUUGUGAAUGUUGAUUAUUCGCGAGGAGCUGUUGAAAAAGUCAAUAUGUUAUCUUAUAGUGCAAUAGAAAUGUUUACAUGGUCGGGCAUGCGCGAUAUUAUCAAUGAGUUUCGAAAUAAUAUAUUAGGUUUACCAUCUUUGCACACACGUCAAGCAACAAAUAUGAUGAUUGAAGAAAAAGUGCCUUAUACUUAUUGUUGGUCACCAGCACUCGUUCCGAAGCCUGAUGAUUGGGCAUCACAUAUUAAUGUGUCAGGAUUCUUCUUCUUGGAGAAGGAUGCCACAGCAGCAACGAAACAAUCCGAUGAUCUUAUCAAAUUUUUGGGUUUGGAUAAUAAACAAAAGCAGAAAUCACCACCUAUUUUUAUUGGUUUUGGUUCGAUUACCGGACAUGAUUCAAAACGUAUCUUGCAGGCAGUUCUUGAAGCCUUGGAAAAGACUGGUUAUCGUGCAAUAUUAUCUGGUCUGGCUAAAGACAACGAUAAACUACCUGAUACUGUCUUCAAAAUUGAUAAGAUUUCUCAUGAUUGGCUUUUUCCACACGUAUCUGCAGUUUGUCAUCACGGUGGAGCCGGUACAACUGCGGCUGGUCUUCGAGCCGGUAAACCGACAAUUAUCGUACCAUUCUUUGGCGAUCAGUUCUUCUGGGGGAAAGUUAUUGAAAAGCAGGGUGCUGGUCCACACGCUGUACCUGGAAAAGAUAUUACUGCUGAUGAUUUAGUAGCUGCACUUGAAUUUGUUCAUAAACCUGAAACAAAAGCAGCGGCAGAAAAGAUACGCGACGCCAUUUUGAAAGAAAAUGGUUGUGAAGAAGCUGUGCGCGCAUUUCAUGCUCAAUUACCCGUGGAACGCAUGCGAAGUGAUUUCGAAUCAACUUAUACAGCAUGCUAUGGAUUGAAACACUCUCAUUUACAAAUAUCACGACGUGUGGCGCAAGUAUUAGUUCUUUCCGAACGCAUCGAUCAAUCCCAAUUGUAUCUUUAUUCGACUCAUGAUUGGACGUCAAUGUAUGAUUAUCGUGUUCACUUACCUUUUCAUGGAAUUUUAAAACAUUCGCAAAAGGCCAUGGUGAAGAUAUAUACCGAUACUUUCGAUGGCUUCAAACAAGCUGUACAUUCAGAUACGUGGUCAAAAGGGGUCUACACCGCUACUGGAGGUCUUUUACUCGGUCUUGGCAAGGGUGUCGGUCAUGUAUGCAUUGGUUGUGUUUCGUUCUAUGGAGAAAUAACGGAUAUAUUAACUGUUGCUCCAUCCUAUUAUGAUCCGUACAGUCCAUCUUCGACGUCAUCACGUCCGUAUGUAGUCGAUUUCGAUACUGGUUUCUAUGAAGCUAUUUUAGCUCUCAUCCGCGGUUGGAGAAAUGGUUUCACCGAUAUUGUAAAUACGCCACGUAUUGGUUAUGAACGUCACGGAAGGUUAGGUGGUAUCGCCGGUACACUCAUAGGCAUCGCAAACGUAGUCAUAAAACCUGUAGCGGGCACACUCUCAUCACUAACAUGGUUUUGUCGAGGUAUCUAUGCAAAUGCUAAUAAUCGCGCUCUAGUAGAUAAAGGACUUGAAGCACUGCCCAUGCAUACACUUGGUCUGAAAUCAUCAUCCCCGACUACGAAUAAGCGCGAACAAAUCCAACAUUCGAAAGAUAUUAAUCAAGCAGUUAAACUCGCAUCAAAAGCAACAGGAUUCUCACCAGAUGUAUGUCGGCAAAUUAUUUCUGAUUUCGAUAACAUGAAAAGUCAAAUUUUCAACAAUCGUUCGCACCAUCAUCUUAAAUCUCAGUGA